ACACACACAAAACACACACACCACCACCCACUUAUUAUUCUAUAAUCUCAUUCUCUCUCAAAGCUCCUACUCCAACAACACAACACCAUUCUCUAAACUAAUUGUUUUUGUGGUGUUCUGUGUUUUGUUCUUCUUUUGUCUGCAUUUGUCCCUCUAGAGUUGAGCCAUAUCCACAAAAUACACUCUUUUUAUGACAUAUAUAUUAAAAAACCAGCAAAAAGAAGGUGGGGGGAGAAGAAAAGCAAUAGGAGUUGUACUGUACAAUCACCAAAGCCACUUUUUGUGUCUUAAAUUUUGAGUUUUUUCAUUGACUUGUGUUUUGAACUGGGGGAGGGUGUUAAUUCAAUUCAAAAGGGGUCCCCUUUAAAAGGGUUGAAGAAAAAUGGCUUCUUUGUAGUUCUGAGAAAUCCCAUCAUGGAUCUUGAGUCUGUGAUCCACAAGAACACAAUUAAGGAGGAAUCAUGGAAGACAGUGUUGACUCUGGCUUAUCAGAGUUUGGGAGUUGUCUAUGGAGACUUGAGCACUUCCCCACUUUAUGUUUACAAAAGCACUUUUGCUGAGGAUAUUCAGCAUUCAGAGACCAAUGAAGAAAUCUAUGGGGUCUUAUCUUUUGUGUUCUGGACACUUACACUGAUUCCUCUUCUCAAGUAUGUGUUCAUUGUGCUUAGAGCUGAUGACAAUGGUGAAGGAGGGACUUUUGCUCUCUACUCCUUGCUAUGCCGCCAUGCCCGUGUUAGCUUGUUGCCUAACACUCAGGUAGCAGAUGAGAACUUAACUGAGUACACUAUUGAUGGAACAACACCUAUCAAUAAGAAAAAUGUUGGGUGGGGCUUUAAAUCAUUGUUGGAGAAACAUAGGGUGCUGCAAAGGGUGUUGCUUGUUCUGGCUUUGAUAGGGACUUGCAUGGUUAUUGGGGAUGGUGUGCUCACACCAGCAAUUUCUGUUUUUUCUGCUGUGUCAGGCUUGGAGCUUUCAAUGUCUAAAGAGCAGCACCGAUAUGUUGAGGUUCCAGUUGCUUGUGUAAUACUGGUGUUUUUGUUUGCGCUUCAACAUUAUGGCACCCACCGCGUGGGAUGUCUUUUUGCUCCUGUUGUGUUGACCUGGCUACUAUGCAUCAGUGCUAUUGGUGUUUAUAAUAUCUUCCAUUGGAAUCCACAUGUUUAUCAAGCUCUCUCCCCAUACUACAUGUUCAAAUUUCUGAAAAAGACCCAAAAGAGAGGGUGGAUGUCCUUGGGUGGGAUUCUAUUGUGUAUAACAGGUUCAGAAGCUAUGUUUGCUGAUUUAGGACACUUUUCACAAUUGUCAAUUAAGAUUGCUUUCACCUUUUUGGUAUAUCCUUCUUUAAUCCUAGCGUAUAUGGGACAAGCUGCGUAUCUUUCCAAGCAUCAUUCCCUUGAAAGUGACUAUCGAAUCGGGUUCUAUGUAUCUGUGCCUGUAAAACUUCGAUGGCCUGUUCUUGCAAUAGCCAUACUUCAAGCUGUGGUUGGAAGCCAAGCUGUUAUCACAGGGACUUUCUCAAUAAUCAAACAAUGUUCUGCUUUGGGAUGCUUCCCCAAAGUCAAAAUCAUUCAUACAUCAUCUAAGAUACAUGGACAGAUUUACAUUCCUGAGAUCAACUGGAGUUUGAUGCUACUUUGCCUGGCUAUUACAGUUGGAUUCAGAGAUACUAAACGCAUGGGAAAUGCAGCAGGUUUGGCUGUCAUAACUGUCAUGCUGGUGACCACUUGCUUAAUGUCUCUAGUUAUAGUCUUAUGCUGGCACAAAAGCGUCUUGCUAGCUAUUUGCUUCAUAUUGUUCUUUGGCUCCAUUGAAGCACUCUACUUCUCUGCAUCCCUCAUAAAGUUCCUUGAAGGGGCUUGGGUCCCCAUUGCCCUAUCCCUUAUCUUUCUUCUUGUCAUGUAUGUGUGGCACUAUGGAACACUUAAGAAGUAUGAGUUUGAUGUUGAAAAUAAGGUCCCCAUCAACUGGCUCCUCAGUUUGGGCCCCACUCUAGGAAUUGUCAGGGUUAAGGGAAUUGGCCUCAUACAUACUGAGCUUGUAUCUGGGAUCCCAGCUAUCUUCUCUCACUUUGUUACCAACCUACCAGCUUUCCAUCAAGUUGUAAUCUUCCUGUGCGUCAAAUCUGUCCCAGUGCCACAUGUCAGACCUGAAGAAAGGUUCUUAGUUGGUAGAGUUGGUCCGAAGGAAUAUAGGCUAUAUAGGUGCAUAGCGCGAUAUGGCUACCGCGAUAUUCACAAGGAUGACAUUGAGUUCGAGAAAGAUCUUAUUUGCAGCGUAGCAGAAUUUAUCAGGUCAGAUACUUCUGAGUAUGGCUUAGGAUUUGGGAGUUUUGAAGAUGAUACAAAGAUGACAGUUGUUGGGACUUCAGCAUCAAACUUAGAGGGUGUGAGGAUGUCUGAAGAUGAUCAAGAUAAUUCUCAGAUGGAAGGCACUUCAGAGUUGAUGGAGGUUAAGUCUCCCGAGAGAGUGAAGAAGCGAGUGCGGUUUGUCGUGCCAGACAGUCCACAGAUUGAUUUGGAUGCAAGGGAGGAGUUGCUUGAGCUAAUGGAAGCAAAGGAGGCAGGAAUGGCAUUUAUAAUGAGUCACUCAUAUGUGAGAGCAAAAAGAGGAUCAAGCUGGAUAAAGAAAGUUGUAAUCAAUUAUGGGUAUGAUUUCUUAAGGAGAAACUCUAGAGGACCAACUUAUGCUUUGAGUAUACCUCAUGUAUCUACCUUAGAGGUGGGCAUGAUCUAUCAUGUCUGAGUUUUGGCCAGUAGUUUUCUAGUUUAGUUUUGUAACUAGUGAUCUUCUUUGUUAGAUCAACCUUAUACAUGUGAUAAAUGGUGGCAUUUUGUACAGUGACCCUCCAAGUUUCCUGACAAGUAAAGUGCUGCCAACCUAUGGUUCUUACCUUUUAUUUUGUAUCUUCUUGGUACAUAAAUAAACUGUCUGGAUAUCUUAGCUCUUCUAGUCCUAGCAUGAAUCUGAAAUGUAGAUCAAGUUCCAAGUUGUCAACAGAUACUGUAUGUAGUGACUAGUGAAUCUUUUGAAUGAAAAAUCAA